AUGGAUAAUGUAUCGUCAAUGUUUUUUCUUUCAGGUUUAAGUGAGACAAGGAACUACCGCUUUACUAUUUUCUUUCUCACUUUACUUUGUUACUGUGUGAUAUUGGUGGUCAAUUCUAUUCUCAUUGUGACCAUCAUCAUUGAUAAAACUCUGCAUGAACCAAUGUAUAUUCUGUUGUGCACAUUCUGUAUAAACGGCCUUUAUGGGUCAUCUGGUUUCUAUCCUAAGUUUCUCUGGGAUCUGCUGUCUCCAGUUCAUGUUAUCUCAUACUCUGGAUGUCUCAUCCAGGCUCUAGUGAUGUACUCCUUUGCCUGCAUUGAUCUCUCUAUUCUAGCAGUGAUGGCGUACGAUAGAUACUUGGCUAUAUGUCGACCGCUGGAGUAUCACUCCCUCAUGUCCAAGCAGAGACUGGUCAAGUUAGUGUGUUUCUCUGUGAUUACACCUUUUUGCAUGAUGUCAGCGAACAUCUUUCUAACUUCUAGAUUAAAGCUGUGCAGUCGUCAUAUUGCCAGGCUGUUUUGUGUGAAUUGGAUUAUUGUCUUGCUUGCAUGUUACCCAGCUGACACUACUCUUAACAACAUUGUGGGUUAUGUAACAAUAAUAUUUUAUGUACUUCACGGUGCGUUUAUAGUGUGGUCCUACAUGUAUCUCAUCAAAACAUGUGUGAAUUCUGCAGAAAACAGGGCAAAGUUCAUGCAGACAUGUGUGCCACAUUUAGCCUCCCUGCUCACUUUCCUUGUGACUAUACUGUUGGAUAUUAUGUAUAUUCGAUACGGUUCAAGGGAUUUACCUCAAACCAUCCAAAACUUUAUCGCUAUAGGGUUUCUUAUCAUACCUCCAAUUAUGAAUCCUUCAAUCUAUGGUUUGAAACUGAAAAAGAUUCAACACAGAAUAUUGUUUACAGACAAAGUUUGGAAACCAAAACUACAGCAGCAAAGACGGGGCUGUAAGCGUUUGUUAUUGGUGUGUUUGUCUUGAUGGUUGUUCUGAAAACUUUUGGCAAGAUAGUUUUUUUUCAGAAGUCUAGUUUUACUUUUUGUCGUCUGUGGUACGGGAUACACAAAGGGGAAAGUCUGUAUUUUUAACGAUGGGACGCUUGAUCUGUGGACAGUUGAAGCCUGAGGGAGUUUUUAAAUGGGAAUGGUUGAAAGCAUCUCAUUGGGGCUAACAUUUGGCCUCUUCCAUCCAAAAUGUUGAUGUUUCAGUGAUUUUCUACAGAGUCAAAUUAGCCAGAUAACUGAGAUGGGACUGACCAGUGCGUUUGAUUUUUUGAUGAGUUGCUACCCGCCUCAAGGAGCACGGUCUAAAAUAAAAGAUCAGUGUUGAGUGACAGUUUCAUCAUUUGCUUUUAGCUGAAGGUGUUUCCCUUGAAUGUUCUCUAAUCCCACAGGGAACUUCCCUUCCAGAUUAUUUUUGGGGUGUGAGAUUUGGCCUAAAGAAGGGACAAAGACAUUUUCCUCUGAAGGAAUAGUAAGAUAACUUUGCAGGAAAGUGAUACAGGUGAAGUUUCUUUGCUGACAAACACUUGUUGCCACAUGGAUAGAUUAGGUGUAAUGAUUAAACUUAUUCCUGUGGUCCGGAAAAAUUAAUUUUUUCCUGUUUUGCUGUGUUAAAGGAAGUAAUUAAAGAUUUAAAAAUGUCAGAGCCCACUAAACAACACAUGUCAAACAAAUAUGGAUUAAUAAGUACAAAGGCCAGUUAUGCUAGGCUUAAGUCUGUAUUCCCUUAAUGUGCUGCAGUGCUGCUCCACUUGCUGAGGCGACAAGCUUAAAGAGGAGAAAACUGCUCUGGCCAGAAAGUUCACUCAGCUCUGCAGCAUUGUGCCACCUCAGGAAAGCUGCAUGCAGCCGAGAUGCUGCGCUGGCUCUGUUUGAGAGGACCGCGCAGCAGCAGAAGCAGAGAGGCUGCUAACUGCUACCACUCAGGCUUAUACAUAUUUUUGUUGGCUGUCAGACAAAAGAGAAACCUAUACUGCUUUACUGAUCACAUAACACAUAAACGGAGGCAGCCAUCAGCGUAGCCAUCGCCCUCGCACAGCCCCAUGUGGACAUGGCAGCUUUCGUCAUUGAUCCAUAUGUGUCCUGACCCCAGGGCAUUGUUGUUUGAGCCCUGAUGGAUACACCAUUGCUCCAUCAUGGGGAUAGGGCUCUAAAAAAAGACAAUACAUUUCCUCAGGAUUUGCGGUCUGAUGGGUGCGGAUCAGGAUACAUAUUUGAAAAAGACCACAUGGGCUCAGAGUCAGCUGUUACAGUGAGACGCUGCUGGAUCAAGCUAUUAAUAACUGUUUAAUAUAAUGAGUAACACAGAGCAUUCUUACUCACCUCCAGAAAAUAAAGGCCUGCAUGAAUAAUAUGAUUGAUGACCCCAAAACUGACCUUGAGAGAAAGGGCACUGGGUCAAUAUUCUCACUGGUAUCUGUGUUUUCAGCCUAAUCUUGGUUUUCUUCUCAUUUCGGAGACUAGGUUUUACAUUGAACUUUACAAACAUGCUUGGCUUCUGCAAUAUGUGGCGGGAAGAGCACCUGCUAGAUCUACCAGUAAUUGCUAGCUAGCAAAACAUCUGAAUGCAAAGGUUGGAUCAAGAGAAAUUCCUCUGGCUGCCUCUGCUCUGGAUGCCUGCCCGAGUGUAUUUCUUUGCUAUAAUAGGGGGAUGUUAGUGCUGUUGAAACAACGUCAGUCCAGUCAAAGUAGUACAGAGUUGGUUAAAUUUAACUUCUUUCAGCGGACGAGUGAUUUCAUGAAGUAUCAAGAGCAAAUCCAUAAUGAGUAAUGUUGAUGAAAACAAGCUGCCUGUCUGCAGGGUUUAUAACUCUCCAAUUAACAGUUCUCUUGUAAUUACAGCACGAGUCCCUCUAUAGUGCCUCUGAACGUUUUUUGUCUAUCCGCCCUUUUGAAAUGUGCACAUUUGGUCAUAGAGGGGCCUCUGUGACUUCCCUGAGCUCCUUAUCAGUAUAACCACUUGCAUACUCUUCAUCUUUGUCCUGUGUACUUUUCCUGUAACACACCAGACAUCCUGUUUUCGUCUCGCUCAGUUGUUAGUUUGAACAUCAGCUACAAUUGUAUUUUAGCAUCCACUUGUUAGUUCAUGCAGUCUCCGCAACUUCAUGUGUCUUCUUUUUGGGGGGAUUUGACAAUGCCAAUUAUGUUGUGUUUAUUUCCUUUAUAGAUUUAGAUACCAAGGAAGGAAAGCGUUGCUAGUACCCUGUAUACAGAUGAAGGAUUAGAAAAU